CCCUAUCCCCCGGCUCUCGUCAGCCUGGAACUAACAACUAGACAUAAUCGAAUGUUUCCCAUCUUCCCGCUGCCCCGAAUGUUCGCCGAAUAAACAUAUCUAAUAUUAUCAUUGGUAGUGCCUGCGGGGUUGUCCCCGAUCCAGAUCAUUGGUAUCCUUGUUACCUGGCUACUGUGUAUGAUACAAACAAGACAUGGGACGAUGCGAACUCCUAUUAUUGAUGCAUAUUUCCAAACUUGUCAAUGCCAUGUCACCAUACGGCAGUGACGGUAUUUUAGUAAGCCUCAAAGGGCUGAAGGGUAGCAUCGACCGGUACAAAAGGUCCAUCAACAACACGACGAGUUGCCAACUCCGUAACAUAUUCCGUGUGGUGUUUACCUGCAGCUCUCUGGACUACCUAGGUAUGAAUAAAAGAAAUUACGACGAAGGAUCAAGUAACUGCUCUAUCUGCGUAUUGACGUUUUAUCAUGUCGUAAGACAAGCCACCAACCGACAGCCUGCAUGAAACCACUUGCCCUAGCGAUAGCAUCUUUCCAGGAUAUAUGUCGCUUUUUCGCAAGUAGUAUACAAACUAGCAAGGACAUUGAUCGUUACACAUCAACCUCGAUCGACGUGUCUUC